CAAGGCGUACCUUUGCGUGCGAUACCGGGUUCUACGCCGGAUGGAAUACGUUCCGCCCAGCGCAAGUAGGUCAGUUUUCCGAGGAGGCUCGCGGCGAGCAGGGUGCACGCCGCCCAGAUGGUCAGUGCCUCCAGGUUGCGCUUCAUCGAGAACAUCAUGCCUCGCUAGGGCAAUAGUGCGCAGACGGCCUACCCAAAGUAUCGAGUGGCAAGACGCAGACAGCCUUCGUGGCGGCCAGCCGACACACUUGGGCGCUCCCUUUCGACCCACUAUAAACCGCAGGGAUGUAUCCGCCGGGAUCACGCGUGCUGUAACUUACAUGCGGAGCAGCGAGUUCGGGCGAGCCCCAAACGCAAGAAGUCUCUGGAAGACCUUCCAUAUAGGACAGGUUCUUCCAUUGGCAGCCUUCCGAUGGCUCGAGGAGCACGGGCGCCGACACCUCAGUACGGAAACGCAGCGCAGGAGAAGCUCGGAUGCUAUCGCAGCUACGGGUCAGAUACGCCCAACGGGCUAAUCUUGGAUAUGUGAUCUUGCGCUCUGCGCGGUGCCGGUGGACGCUCAUGACACUGUCGCACAGGCCGCGGUACGCGGUAAGUUUGAGCCUAUCCCGCAUGCAUCAACGCAGGCACUGCAUCGAGCUUCAAUGCCAAUCGGUAGCACGGCCAGUC